AUGUCACAGUGGCGAGUUCAACAAUGGAGAGCAUUCACACGACAAUGGCUCAUCUACGAUGCUUAUAUGCAAUGCCCCAUGAUGUCGGGUGAGAAAAUCGCAAAGUAUUUGCUGGGAAAGCACAUCCGCUACUACGAUCCCAACUCCGACUUUGGUGCACACGUCGUUGUAUGUAACACCAGGCAUGUGGCCGUCAAGGACAAUAGUUACUAUUGGAAGCGAUUUCUCUAUCCAACAUAUACCAGGUUUGGGGCAUUCAGAAAGGACGAAACUAUGGAGGAAUUACAUAUUCGUGAUCCAACUGAGGUACUUCGACGCGAAGUCCGCGUUCACUUGAAUACCCCUGCGUCAAAACUGUACGCUCUGGCCCGGUUGCAUUUGUAUCCAGAUGGAGUUGAAACUAUUCCAGAGGAUAUUUUUGGUAAUAUAUCCGGCGUAAUUCGUCGUGUCAUGCCAGUACCUAAACGAUUGGAUCAGUAUUCCCAAGAAGAACUUCAAGAAUUUCCAAAGCUGUUCGAUUGGCCUCAGGACUUCAAUGUGGCCCCCCUUGGUCCGUUAGAUUCGGGGAAGGUGAAGUAGUCCUUUUGUAUUCGUGAGACCAUUCUCCUCUCUCCUGCAUCUUGUACAUAUUUUCUAGAUAAAUUGCCUACUCUUAGUUCCUCAACGCGUGCCCAAUAGACUUGGUUUUCUCCCG